AACAUGUAAUCGGCAACAAUGAGUCAGCCAGCCAGCAAACGAGAGUAAAUUAAUGAGACAGUCAUAGCAGAAAGAUUUAGUCUCAAACAUGGUAACAAAAUUUGCUAGGAAGACAGCGUUUUAGGGCUCAUAGCAGAGUUGUGUAUCGGUACUUGAGUUCCCGUUUUGAGUUGAUUAACUACGAUAUGGGUGUAUCCUGUCUGCCAGCCUACAAUGCUUAACAGAAGAUUAGAUUAGAGAACACCGAGAAUAACAAUCCAGAAACAGCGGUGUAAGAUGACCGAUAUCACUCUCGAACCGCAGCAGCAGCAUUCGACGUCUAGUACCGAAUCUUCAACGCAGCCCCCAGCAGCAGUAGCGAGAGAAUCGACAUCUUCGCUAGCGAUUGAUUCACCGGCAAUCAUUGAAACUACUUCCAUUACAUCAGCUAGCGAUGAUAGCGGUAAGCAGCCGCUAGCCACAGAAGAAGACACUAGCAGCACAAAUAGUAACAUUCCAGCAGUCACCGUUACUGCGAUCGGGAAUCCGGUUUCCGCAACCAGCAACGGUUGUGUUGUCGGUUCGGUCACGGUGUCUGUUCAUCCACCUUCGCAACCAAUUACCGUUGAGAGACAAACAUCGGUAAAUUCUACCGAAGGCAGCAUGUCGAACAGUAACAGCAGUGCUGGCUUCCGGAGUUCGUUCAAUGGACGUGUUCCGUUCGCGCGAAUCCUUUCCACUGGCAGUGGCACUGAUCGGCGAGUGCCCGGUAACGAGGCGACACGAACGUCGAGUAAUUUGAGCAACAAUCUGCUAAAUGACAUUGUUGCUUUUGUACAGCAGGCACGAAAUCCAAAUAUGCUGUUUUCUUCGGAAAGAAGAACAUUUUUCUUGCAAUCGGGUCGCUCAGUUUCACACAUGCCAGGUACUAGUACUCCCCCGGUUAGCCAUGGCACUGGGAAUCCCAAUGACGUUGUUAUCGAUCUGGAUAGCACAACCAUCGGACCGUCGCCGCAAUCGUCCAGCAAUGAAAUCUACCCGAUUUCAACGUCAUCGUCUGUCAACAGUGGCAUUCGACCGGCUUCGUGGAUUCAAAUCAACGCCGGGGAUGAAGAUUCAGUUGCGGGACGUUCGUCUAUCAUGCCGAACUUCAAUUACCACCAUCACCAUCAUCACUUCCAUAACCAUCAACCGUUGUCAUCUAUUCACGCACAUCAUCAGCAUCUUGGCCAACCCCAACAAUCGACACUUCAACAAGCUCAACCGGGACAUCAAAGCCAACCAGGCGGAAUAGCCGUCAACGCAGGAGAAAUCCCACAGCAAUCUUCCGCUCCACUUGACUCGAACCCCAACAAUGUCACUCGCAGCAACAGUGUCAGCUCGAAUCAGCCCAAUGACGAAGCCACGGUGCACGAAGCUCUCAAUCAGAUUCCCGAGGCGCGCGCCAUGAUGGACACAUUUGCCCGGUACAUCCCACUGCUCUUUAUACUGAUCACUAAGCUGUGCUAUGACCAUCUGGAUGGUAUAAUUCACUUCCUAGCACUGCUGAUGAUUUUCUCCCACGCCAACUGGGUGGUUCGGCAGGAAAUCUCCAAACAAACCCAGAAGCGCAUUGUUGUGCUUCUGCGUGAGCUUCUGGUGAUUAUGAUCGCGCUCGCAUUAGUGGGUUUCCUGCUGGAGCGGAAGAACAUCUUCCUCAGCAUAAUGUUCAUGACGGAUCUGUCCGAACCGCAGAGCCUGAAGUCGCUGCUCUUCUCCGUGUGUAUGUCCGAUUUGGUUCUGAAAUUGAUGACCAUUAUGGUGAAAAUCAUCAUCACACUGCUUCCACCAAGCGUAGUCGAAUACAAGAGUCGGGGCAAAAUCUAUCUUAUGACCGAAUCGAUCUCCCAGCUGUAUCGCGCCGCAGCACCUAUCCAGCCCUGGCUCAUUUUCCUCUUUGAGUCCUACUCCGGCUCGGAGAAGAUCGUUGGAGUGAUUCUGUCCGCGGUGUACAUGGUAGCCAAGUCGUCUGACUUGCUCGAGCGGUUCAAGUUCUGCAAGCAUUCGUUCAUCAAGCUGCUUCAGAAAACGAGCUACGGAACGAUUCCCUCGAAGGAGCAGUUGCAAGCCUGCGGUGGUCAAUGCCCAAUCUGUCACGAUAACUUCAACCUGCCGGUUCUGCUCGAGUGCAAUCACAUCUUCUGCGAGCUGUGCGUCGGCACCUGGUUCGAUCGGGAGCAGACGUGUCCGCUGUGUCGGGCCAAAAUCGUUGACGAUCCGUCGUACCGCGAUGGAGCAACCACAUUUUUCCUCCAAUUGUACUAACCGUAAACUGUAAAUUGUUUCGUUAUUGGCGUUCCUGAAGCAUUUGGGCGAGCGAAAGUGGUCGUGAGUGAACCGUGAGGAACAGACAGAGCGCGCGCGCAUUUGCACCGUAACGAAGGAUAUCAAACUCCUAAAGUUUCUAGUUCUAACAUAUCUAUACAAAAACAUGUAUUCGUGAUUCCAAGCGGUGAGACUCGCCCAAACUUGCUUCAGACUACUUUUAUCAAAUGGUUAUUCUCUCUAGGUCGAUCCUCUGAUUUUUAUCCACCCCGCAUGAGCAGGGCUCAAUAUUAUAGUUUUGAAAAACAAGUUAUUUUAUCCACUUCUACAACUACCAUUCUUAUUCCAUGAACUGCUAACUGUUAACAUGAACACUUAUAGCAAAACAAAUUGUAUUGUGUUUAUUUGUUAUGUAAAGUAAAACUGGAAAAAACAUAGACAAAAGUUACUGUGCAGUCGGAUUGUGGCUUGCAAUCCACCAACAGCGAGCACAAUUUCACAAUUAUAGUGCGUCGAGCUCAGCAGAUCGGUUCCCGAGUGCGCAUAUGAACGAGCGAAAACAACGGGUUUGAGAAAAUAAACGCAGAAAGGGUAGGUAACGCGUAUUAUCAAUCCACUAACUACGGAUCGAGCGUAUGGUGAAGAAAGUGAAACGCGAUGAUUGAAUAAAAAUAUGAAUAUUAAUUUUCAAAUAAAGAGAAAUAUAAAUAG